AUGCCAAACAGCAAUGCAACCCUUACUAGGUCUGGAGUCCUAGUCAUAGGAGCAAACUCCAUCCAGUCAUUGCUUCCGGCUUCUCUCAUCUCUCAAGUCGAGGCGCUGCUUCAAUCCCAUCGCGUUCAGGAAGCCGCCGAACUUGCCGACCAGCAGCGGAGGAAACUGGAAACGAAGCUCGCCGUUGCUGAAGAUGAGCUCGAGGAACUGAACUACGUGUACCAACGGAUUGGUUUCCAGUGUUUCUCGGAGACCCUUUUCGAGGAUGCGGGCCUUCACUUCUCCAUGGGCAACAUGGAUCCACGCAUUCUGAUUAGCUACUUCCCGGAGCUGCGGGGUGGACUGUUCAAAGCAGGCGACGAGGUACCGAUGUUCAGCGGCGUGGCCGAGCACAUACCGCUCGAUGCUUCCGUAGAUGACCUCAUCGCUGCGAACCUAGUCAGGAACUACUCGCCUCACAUUGCUCCCAAUACUCGUGAUGCCCCGGCUACCGCCGAGCUGCGGCAAAUACUCAAGGCGAAUGCGGGUCAGAUGCUAAGCGACUUCUUGCGCAAGUGGAGGCGAGCCAACCGUAGAGAGGCCGCCCGAGUUGUUCUGGCGACCGUAGAUACCGUCCUUGCGAAGUUAUUUGCGCGUGACGAGAAGACGACCGACCUCUACGCUCUCAUCAGGGAGAAGCAUGCAAUCGUCGUAGAGGAAGUGGAGGGCAUGUUCAUCAGCACAGGCCAGUAUAACGCGCUGUGCCAGUUGUUCCAACAGCGAGGAAUGGAUGAAAAACUGCUCGACACUUGGUCAAAGCUCGUCGAAGGCUCUUGGUCGGACGAAGAUAUUCCGGAUCCCCUGGGCAAUAUGGUCACACUCCUAAACAAGAAAAAGGAUCGUUCGCUUACCCAGAAAUGGGGCUUGUGGUUGACUGCGCGCGAUCCCGAACAGGGAAUCAAACUGUUGACGGCUCGCGAGCCCGGGAGACGGAACACGAAAACCACGGCGACGUUGGAAGAGGACGUUGCUCUCUUACAGCAGAUCCAAGAAUCCAACCCAAUUGCCGGUGCGCACUUCCUUGGCCAUCUUGUGCUUACCCGAAGAAGUACGGAUAAAAACCUACAUACCCAGCUUGCGAUGCUUUGCGUGGAUCAUCUAGAGGCGGCACUUUCAGAUUCCUCAACCUCGAAGUUGUGGAGAGCGAAAGUUGCAUCCUAUGCAUCAACGCCUUCGAAUCAGUCCUUCCUGAGCUACUUUGCGGCCACUACGCCAAAUUCUGAGCACAAACGGGCGCGGCUCAAAGCCGCGCUCUUUCUUCAGGGCUCCAACUUCUAUGACCUGGAGAAGAUCCGAGACCGAAUAAAAGAACACGAAUCCAUAUUGAGGCUGGAACUUGCCAUGGUGGAAGGCAAGCUCGGCAAUGAUCGCGAGGCGUUGUCUAUUCUAGUGCACGGUUUACAUGACGCAGCCUCGGCGGAAGUGUAUUGCUCGUUCGGUGGGCAGGUCAUACCUCCGAGGACAGCGCAGAUGCUCGGUGAAGAGUAUGAUUUGCGGAACUGGGCUUCCUUAUUUGUUCCACACAUCUCGAAAGGUCAUGCAGAGAGUGUUCCAGGUCAAGCGGCCGUCGACGAAGAUACCAAGAAGAAGUUGGUGCGCAUGCUCUUGGAGGUGAACAUGACAUUGUGCUGCAGCGACGGCGCGGCGGAGCGCACGACACGUAUGCUCGAUGCCCAAGCCAUGAACCUAGAUGUCUCCGACGUGAUUAAGCUAGUGCCAGAUGACUGGCGACUAAACCUCAUGUCUUCAUUCCUCACUCGAUCACUGCGGCGGACACUCCAUGCUAAACACGAGGGGAUGAUCGUGAAGAACGUUAGCAUGGCCCAGAACCUUGAGGUCGUGGACCAGACGUGGGAGAUCGUCCGCCAAGAAGGCGCUAUCAUCGAAGAGGCCGUAGACUGCAGCGACGAUGAGGGUGCUGACGAGAAAGUCGAGAAAGAGCCCGCGGAAUAUCCCUUUCCGGACGUCACUAGGCAAGGACAUAUAGUGAACGCGAUGGGCGAGAAAGCGGCGAUGGAUCCUGUGGAUCCUGUGGACCAUGAGAUGCUGGACCUGAGGUGA